GAUACGUCCAAUGCUUAGAGCUUGUGAUUAGAAACACCACCCUCUCCCCCGCGCGGGCGAAAUAGCCUCUGCUUGUUCUCCAUUUGCUUUGCCAAAUUCCGACGACUUUUGCUGAGAAAGAAACAGAAAUUGACUUCGCGCACUAGAAAUUUGAUUUUCAAAGCCAAUUCCAAAAUGGCGGUGUUCAUGCGCUUCCCUUCCCACCCACCCUUCUUCUCUGCCCUCAGAAGUGCAACAAGUGAAGUGCUGGGGGGUAUUGUGACAGGUGUUGUUCAAUCAAGAAGCAACAAAUGGCAAUCUCCAAGCGGAGGAAGAAGAGUCAUAUUGUUCCGGGGCCCUGUAAAGUCUGUACAAACUUCAUGCCGGGUUUCAAUCCCUGGGACCUCAUCAGGGAGAGAAGAAAAGGUGUCUACAAAUUUUUUGAGGGAUAAGAAGUUAGUUCCUGAUUCAGAUCCUCCUAGCAUCAAUGAUGUCAAACUUUUGUAUCAAUUUUUUGAUCAAAGCACCAAGCUCACGGCAUUGACUGGAGCCGGAAUUAGCACAGAGUGUGGGAUUCCUGAUUAUAGAAGCCCCAAUGGAGCUUAUAGUUCUGGUUUCAAACCAAUUACCCAUCAGGAGUUUCUGAGAUCCAGUCGGGCCCGUAGGCGGUAUUGGGCAAGAAGCUAUGCAGGAUGGAGACGGUUUUCUGCAGCACUGCCUGGUGCAGCUCAUAUGGCUUUAGCAUCUCUAGAAAGGGCCGGCCGUAUAAAUUUUAUGAUUACACAAAAUGUUGAUAGGUUGCAUCAUCGCGCUGGUAGCAACCCGCUUGAACUACAUGGGACUGUAUAUACUGUAGUUUGUCUAGAUUGCAGUUUUUCUUUUAAUCGGAAUUUAUUCCAGGAGCAAGUGAAGGAGCUUAAUCCAAAGUGGGCAGCAGCAAUUGAAAGUUUGGAUUUUGGCAGCCCUGGGUCAGACAAGAGCUUUGGCAUGAAGCAAAGGCCUGAUGGUGAUAUUGAAAUUGAUGAAAAAUUUUGGGAAGAGGAUUUUCAUAUCCCUACUUGUGAAAAAUGCAAUGGUGUGCUAAAACCUGAUGUUGUUUUCUUUGGUGAUAAUGUCCCCAAAGAUAGUGCCGAUAAGGCAAUGGAAGCUGCAAAAGGAUGUGAUGCAUUUCUUGUAUUGGGAUCGUCUUUGAUGACCAUGUCUGCUUAUCGACUAGUCAGAGCUGCUUCUGAGGCAGGUGCUGCUACUGCAAUUGUGAACCUAGGUGUCACGCGGGCUGAUGAUUUUGUGCGCUUGAAAAUCAAUGCCCGAGUAGGAGAGAUCCUGCCAAGAGUGCUUGACUGGGGAUCCCUUAGCAUCCCUGCUCUCGUGCAGUGAUACUUGGAACUAGAAAUGCUGCCGGAAACAUUCACCCUCAAUUGGCAUCCACUUUAAGAUUUUAAAGGGUACAUCAAGAUCCGGGAAUGACAGCUUUAUUAGCUCCACUUUUGGUCAAUAUAUAAUGCCUAAUGGCCUUUCCCUGAAAAUGAAUAAAGGGAGAAUCAUAGAUCUGGUGUAGAGAAGAUUGAAAUACCUGCUAAGCAAGUGCAUAAAAUUACUUUUACCAACAUGCAAACUGCAAAGUGCCAUCUCUGUUUCUUUUAAAUAAAUGCAUAUGGAUUAGCAGUUUCCAUUCGGUUAUUUGAGGGGAUAAGUAGCCCUUUGCAAACUCUUGUUAUUUUGUACUUAUCGAUUUUCCUCUUUGUAAUGGGUUAAAUCCACCAUUUAAUGUGAGAUCAAUUUAUAAAUGU